AUGGAUAUGUUGCUAGUGGAAGGUUUGAAGAAGCGAAGGAUCUUCCGUACAACGAAGCAUGGUAACUCGCAGGUGGUAGCAAAAGGCUUCGAGCCCAAUGUGAUCACGUACACCAUAUUGAUAAAUGGUUUCUGCAAGCAAGGCAGAUUAGAGGAAGUGGCUGAAAUUAUGAAUAGCAUGUCAGCCAAGGGUCUAAGUCUCACUACAGUGGGGUACAAUUGCUUGAUUUGUGCACUGUCCAAAGAUGGGAAGAUUGAAGAGGCUUUACAACUGUUUCGCGAAAUGUCAAGCAAAGGAUGUAAACCUGACAUUUAUACAUUCAAUUCUUUAAUAAAUGGGCUGUGCAAUGACAAAAUGGACCAGGCCUUGAGUUUCUAUCAUGACAUGUUUUUGGAGGGUGUUAUUGCUAACACAGUAACAUACAAUACGUUGAUCAAUGCAUUUCUUAUGAGAGAUUCAGUUCAUCAAGCAUUUAAGCUUGUCGAUGAAAUGCUAUUUAGAGGGUGUCCUCUAGACAAUAUUACAUAUAAUGGACUUAUUAAAGUUCUCUGUAAAACUGGUGCAAUUGAAAAAGGAUUGGGAUUGUUUGAAGAAAUGCUUGGGAAAGGGAUUUUUCCAACCAUUAUCACUUGCAAUAUUCUGAUCAGUGCCUUGUGCAAAAUUGAAAAAGUAAAUGACGCACUAAAAUUUCUUGGGUCACCACUGAAGCAAGAUGAAUCGUUUUCAAGAAGCACUGAACAACUUGGGUCACCACAUAUUUCAACCACUUCUCGCUCAAGCGAAAGUAUCCGUCGCUUGAGCGAUAAUUGA